AUGCAGAGUUUGCCUCUCAAUCCAAAGCCAUUCCUAAAUGGGCUGACUGGGAAGCCAGUAAUGGUGAAAUUGAAGUGGGGAAUGGAAUACAAGGGCUACCUUGUAUCAGUUGAUGGCUACAUGAAUAUGCAGCUUGCCAAUACAGAAGAAUAUAUUGAUGGUGCACUGUCUGGACAUCUUGGUGAAGUUCUGAUAAGGUGCAACAAUGUCCUGUAUAUAAGGGGUGUAGAGGAAGAAGAAGAAGAUGGAGAAAUGAGAGAAUAAUGCUGGAAAAUCUUGUGGUUUUUUUUAUUGUGUUAAAUAUAUAUUCAGUUAUAGCUUUCUAAAAAAUUUCAUGUAACUUUAAACUUGGGAGCAGAAAACUACAUAUUGUUGAAAGAAACAAUCAAUAUGAAAAAUAAACAACAGGGGUGAUAGUUCCUAAAACCAGGAUUAUUUAGUCUUAGUUCAAAAGUUUUAAAGCAAACAGGAUCAUAUUUAUUCUGUCACCAUUUACUUUGUGUGACUGUUGCACUAAGCUAGGAAUGAGCUCUAUAACUAGUCCAAAAAUACAUUUUACAAAAAAAUUCAAGUAAAGUAGUAAUCAUCUUCA